GUGGGAAGGAUCUUCUCUACUGGUUUAUGUUUCUUCAACUUAUAUACUUCCUCUCCUUGCAGGUUGACUUGUUUGUGAUAACUUUAAAAAAAAUGAUAGCUACAAAGUUUGCAAUUUUGUUUCUAUGUCUCCAUGUGAUCUCCUUGUUAGAGGCUGCUGGAAAUCCACCAACAUGCCCUGCUGAUAAUGAUAGUAAAUGUGGUGAUUGGGAAGGAGAGUUUUUCCCAGGAAUUCCCAAGAUUAAGUAUGAGGGGCCUUUGAGUAAGAACCACCUUGCAUUCAAGUGGUACAAUGCUGAAGAAGAGAUCCUUGGGAAGAAAAUGAAGGAUUGGAUGAGGUUCAGUGUCGCAUUUUGGCAUACUUUUCGUGCGACAGGAGCCGACCCUUUUGGUGCACCCACAAAAACUUGGCCUUGGGAAGAUGGUACAAAUUCUUUGGAUAUGGCCAAGAGGAGAUUGAGAGCAAACUUCGAGUUCAUUGAGAAACUUGGAGUAGAGUUUUGGUGUUUCCAUGACAAGGAUAUUGCUCCAGAUGGCAAAACUCUGGAGGAAACCAAUGCUAAUUUGGAUGAAGUUGUUGCUCUUGCACAAAAGCUCCAGGGAAAGAAAUUCCAUUUGUUAUGGGGAACAGCACAGUUGUUUGCAAAUCCUCGUUAUAUGCAUGGUGCUGCAACCAGUUCUGAAUUAGCUGUAUACGCUUAUGCAGCAGCUCAGGUCAAAAAAGCUUUAGAGGUCACCCAUUAUCUUGGUGGAGAGAAUUAUGUUUUCUGGGGAGGUCGAGAAGGUUACCAAACACUGUUGAAUACUGAUAUGGGCCGAGAACUUGAUCAUCAAGCAAGAUUUCUCGAAGCAGCUGUUGCCCAUAAGAAGAAAAUUGGUUUCAAUGGAACACUAUUACUUGAACCUAAGCCACAAGAACCUACAAAGCAUCAGUAUGAUUGGGAUGCUGCAACUACUGCAAAUUUCUUGCGGAAGUAUGGUCUCAUAGGGGAAUUCAAACUGAAUAUCGAAUGCAAUCAUGCUACAUUGUCUGGUCAUAGCUGCCAUCAUGAGCUUGAAACAGCAAGAAUAAAUGGUAUACUUGGAAGUUUUGAUGCUAACACGGGAGAUGCUCAAACUGGAUGGGACACUGACCAAUUCUUGACAGACAUAUCUGAAGCAACUUUGAUUAUGCUCACCGUCAUUCGGAAUGGAGGAAUUGCCCCAGGGGGGUUCAAUUUUGAUGCCAAACUACGAAGAGAAAGUACAGACGUUGAGGACUUAUUCAUUGCCCAUAUAGUUGGAAUGGAUACCAUAGCUCGUGGCCUUAGAAAUGCAGCUAAGUUGAUUGAGGAUGGUUCAUUGCCUGAGCUUGUUCGAAAGCGGUAUCAAAGCUUUGAUUCUGAGUUGGGGGCUUUGAUAGAGGCUGGGAAAGCUGAUUUUGAUAGUCUUGAGAAGGUGGCCUUGAAUUCCGAUGAGCCUAAGGUUCCAUCAGGCAAACAGGAACUAGCUGAGAUGAUUUUCCAAUCUUUUCUCUGAGAGAGGAAGUGGAGUUAAUCAAAUUCACACCAUUAGAAAGAACCAAGCUAUAUUAUCACUUUAGUUGCAGCAAUAAAUUUUCAUUUUCUUUUUGUUCCAGUUGAGAAAAUAUAGUGGAACUGGUCUGUUAAUAAAUCUUGUUUGAUUCUCUUCAUAUAAACACAGUUACCCCAGUAAGCUUAUUCAGUGAAGAAAUUGACAUAUUUAUUUUAAUAUAAUUGCCAUGGUAGUUUAUUUAUUGGAUUUACUAUUC